AUGUCGACUGAGAGUGCCGACGACAUUAAUGUCGGUGUCUCCCUCAGUACUGCUCUUCUUCUUCCAAGCGAUCUGGAGCGAAAUGCUGGGUACAACGAGUAUGAGAAUUAUGCGUUAAUGCUCCAGCACUCCGUUCAAGCCGAGGCUACCAUUAAGGCCCAACAGAUGGCUGAAGAGAAAGUGGAGUCUGCUGAAGCCAUAAAAAAAGUUGCUGAGGCCGAGAAAAAAGAUGCCGAGGUAAAAAAGGCUCAAGCCGAAAAAGAGCUCGAGCAGGCCCUGGCCACUAAAAACGCCGAAAUUACUGAAGCCGAUGAAAAAGCUUACGCCCAAGGAAUGACCGAUGUCACUGAGGAAUACAAACUUCAAGUUAAGCAGUCUGAAGCCGAAGAUGAGGAUAAGGAUGACGGUGAUGCUCUAGUAAGGAAGCCCAAGCACGCCGAUGAGAUCCAAUCUCUUCCCCAAGAUGAUCAAAUCCUACACCUGACUCAUGAAGAGGAUGAGGAGGUUAUUAAGGAGGCAACUCCUGAACAAGCAUCAUCCGACUUUCCUCCAGCCGAAAAAAAUCUUGAUGAAACACUCGCAGAGAUUGACGCCGAGAUUGAAGCAGAAAAGAUUGCCGAAGAGGUUCCACCAGAAUCUUCCAAGGUCCCAGCGCCUCCAACUGUUAAUGCUGAAGAAUCUUGA